AUGGCUAAGUCUUGGCCGCCCAGGUCACCACACGAAGUCUUGCUCAGCACACCAAGAGGACGGGAGAAGCUGCGACGACUCCGUGACCGCACAUCUACAUCGCCCUCACCCUCGCGGCCCCGAUCAAGGCCAAUUUCCGCGUUGGCUCCAGGAUCUAGCAUGGGGGUCGACGAUGAGCUAUUCGAAGGCGGCGACGUCGACGAGGAUGGCGAUGACGAGGAGAUGUUGCAGCUCAAGCUUCAAGCGAUUCAAGCACAAUUAAGACUCAAGAGGCUCAAGGCCGCAAAAGCACGGAAACAAGCCGGGGCAGAGUCAGAGGCAGGAGCUGGAGCUGGAACCGGGAUGAGGGAGGUUCCCUUACAGUCGAAACUCGCCGCGGCACGAGACAGGUUGGAGAGACAGGCAGCACAAAAUGCGAUCCAAGUGCCAGCCUCGCCAAUCAAGAGGCCAGCGAGCGCAGCAAUUCUAGAGCAGACUUCGCCACAGAGAUUACUGCUCGGAAUCGACAAGGGACGGAAAGCGGCAGACGUGUCACUAAAGAAAGCUCCCAGCCAAAGGAAAGCGGUUGAAGGGCGCUCCAGCAGACAAACGACUCAUAGUAUAGGGGCAGAAUCGCCAUCGCAAGGUCAAGGGCAACAACAAGCACCCCGGCCGUUGAGUUUUAAUGAGCGGCUGGCAGCUGCCCGCAACGAGGAGAAAGCCCGCCAGGAGAAGAAGGAAAAGAUUCAAGGGAUCCGGAGCACCGCAUUUAGCGUUGGGAAACAGGAGAUGGAGGAAUACAAGAGCAGGGCACUCGAGAUCCCCGAUAUUCCUUUGAAAGCUGAAGAAUUCUCGAGGGAGCAGGUUCUUUCCUCAAUAGACAGGCCGUCCGGCGGUCAUCUGGAGAGCAGCAGCACUGUCCCUAAUGUACGGUCAGGGAAACAAUUAGGAGACGGCGGCUCUGACCCUCCCGCACCAACAGCAUCCGACCCGGAUGCAGGCUACGAACCGUAUUCGGGACUCCAUCUCUCGAAGCGAAUUCUGCCACACACAGUCUUAUCCCGGGCGAUCCAAGGGAAAAAGGCAUAUGUUCUCAAGGAUCUGCUCCGCCACGUCAAGGCGCCAGACUGGUCACUCCCAGAUGUCGAGUCCGACAUUGUUGUUUAUGCCAUUGUCGCCAGCAAAUCCGAACCGCGCAGUCACCGGCCGGGCCCUGGCCGCGACGGGAAAGCCCAGAACCGUGGAAAGUACAUGGUACUCACGCUCGUCGACCUCAAGUUCGAAGUCGAGCUCUUCCUGUUCAACUCGGGCUUCGACCGCUUCUGGAAGAUCACACCUGGCACGGUGUUAGCCAUCCUCAACCCGACCAUUAUGCCACCUCCGCCGGGGCGCGAAGCAACCAACCGCUUCUCCCUUGUCAUCAACUCGGACGCCGACACCAUCCUCGAGAUUGGCAACGCCCGCGACAUUGGUUACUGCAAGAGCAUCAAGAAAGACGGGACGUACUGCAAAAGCUGGGUGAACGCGCGCCGCACAGAGUACUGCGAGUUUCACACCAACGAGGCGGUGCGCAAGGCGCGCGGCGGGCGCAUGGAGCUGAACUCCACAGUCGGCUUUGGCAGCGGCGGAGGCGAGCGAAAAUUCAAUUCGCAUCGGAUAUACGCCCAAAGCGAACAAGAGCGCAAGCGCAGCGAGGAACAGCGCAAGCGAGGCACCUACGACCACGCAACACAAAGCCACUUCUUCGUCAGCAGCGCGCACCGCGGCGCCGGUCUGAACCCGGACGAACGGGAAAACGGCCUCGCCAACCGCCAAGAGAGAGAAGAAGCUCUGAAACGACGGCUGGCGCAGAAGGAAAAAGAGCGGGAGAUUGCCCGCCGCCUAGGGGAGCUCGGUGGCGGCGCGGGGAAGAUCUACAUGAACCGCGCCGCCGCUGUUGCUGCUGAUCCUGCUUCUUCUACUACCACUACCUCCACCGCUCCCCGGAAGGCUACCAAAGGAGGAAGAGAAGGGGAACUUGGAUCCAGCUUCUCCUCCGCCACCCCUCCCUCCUCCUCCUCCUUCUCGUCCUCCGCCGUCCCGACCUCGGCCGCGUCCUCAUUCAACACAUCCAUCGAACAACAACCCCCAAAAUGGGACGCCCGCUCGCUCGGGCUAGUCGGCCGGCGCGGCGCAGACCAGCCCAAGAUUGACCUUGGUCCGGUCAAGCGCAAGAGGGCGGAAUCGGCGGCGUCGAGCUCGACUGUUGUUAGCGGAGGCGGGGCUGGUAAUAAAGCUGGUGGUGGUGGUGGGCUAGGGUGGGGUUCGAUGCUCAAGGACAAGCUGGGCCGGAUGAGGGAGGGGGAGAGGUUGGAUGGGCGGCGGGUGGUGGAUAUGAAGACGGGGAUUGGCGCGGCGCUGGUGGGCGCGGGUGCGACUUCGCCAUCAGGUGCGGGUGCGGGUGCGGAUGCUGCUGCCAGCAGGGGAGACAAGUCACCAGUGAGGAAGAAGACGAGGUUCGUCACGGACAAGGGGAUUCGUGAGGCCGGGAGGGAUAGUCUGGGCGAAUCGCUUUUGGCGGGGACGGCGACGCAAACGCGACGUCCUGUGGUGUUGGAUGACGAUGAUGAGGAUGACGAUGAUUUGAUUAUUGUCAAGUGA